ACAAAAACGUUAAACUUUCUGGAUGCUCAAAUACUUGCACUUGGCGAAAUGGCAGAGCUAAUUGAAGUAAAGGAGUGUUACGCGAUGACAUUUCGAAUCCAUCGCUCAUUGAACCUGGAGAACAUGGAUCCAGAAGUUCAUGAGUUUGUGGAGGAUAAGUUCAUCUCCAUUCUGGUCGUGAACUUCGAGAGCAGCUCACUGACAAUGGAGAACUUCCAGUCUCUGGCCCUCAGUGUCCCUUCAUUUUAUUGGCGACUCACUGGGGAGCAGUUGGAUCCCAGUCUAUUGCGCAUAGCACCUGCACGGCUGGAAGUAGUACAUCAUGGUGCAGAGACUGGUAUCCAGCAUGGGAAUGGAGAGUCACCAGCUGAGGAGAAUGCCCAUUACGGACAGGGGCUGCCGUCACCCAGCUCUGCAAGGGAGGCUUCCCCUGCAGCUCCAGCAUCCACGACUGAGGAUGCUGAUGGACUCCUCGAGGCUCAUCCCUUGGCCUGGGGUGAAGAUGAGCCCUUAUCUGUGGCUUCUGAGGUUGAGCCAGAACAUGGUGAAUCCUCCAGCUCCACCUUCUGGAUCCCCGCGGGCCCUAACAGCACGUGGCAGCAGGUUGAGAUUGAAGGCCAGACCUUUCUGCGCAAGCUGGAUGAGCUCAGCCUUCCUCAGGGAUUUUGGAGCAUCACGGACUACGCUGAUGAUCACACCAUGGUCAUGUCCGUGCAUGUCUGCGUGCAUGUCCGCAGUUCUCUGCGGACAUGGAAUGUGAGGCGGGAGGAGAGGCCUCCUCACAGGCCCGCUGGCACCAGUCAGAGGAAGCGUAAGGCCAAGCCCGACGACAACAGUGGCUCCAGCUCACCUCCGCCACGCAAGAGGCCCAUGCGCUUAUGAUUGUAUUCCACGUUUUUACACUGCAGCCCCAAGUCGCGUCCCGGCGGGCAGGCGGCCCAAAGUCGCGUCCCGGCGGGCAGGCGGCCCAAAGUCGCGUCCCGG